AUGGAGAAUCGACCGGGUCUUGAUCCAUCUAGCAUCGCACCUUGGAGCUGGACGCUGUCCAUGAGCCCUGGCGCUGACGCUCGUUCCUAUCCAACGCCGAACUCGCUUUCACCAUCGUUUCAAACCCCUACUGCGCCUGCGCAAUCUUACUCGCAGCCUUACCCCUCUGCUACGUCAUCUUCAUCCUCUGCGCCAGGCUCAGCGUUUGGGUCCGCGCAGAAGGUGGCUAUUCCGCGGCUUGCGGGCUCCGAAGCUGGUUUUGGCGGGCGCCGCCGCUCCGCUCGUGCUUGCGAGCCUUGUCGCCAACGCAAGAUCAAAUGCGACGGACAGAGACCGUCGUGUAGACAAUGCGUUUAUUAUAGUCAGCUGUGUUCCUACGAGGAUGUCAAGCGCGUUCGUGAUCAAAAACGAUUGGGUACGUUAGCCAAGCGCGUCGACGCGUACGAGGCACUAUUACGAGAACUGGAGGGGGAGGUUGAUUUGCCUACGGCGCGACAGAUCAGGAAAGCAUUGCAGACUAAGGAUUUUAAAUCCUCGCAAAGAAACGGUGACACUUCCGAUGACUCCUCGGCAUCCCUAGGCUCGCUCGAUGGGAUCGAUGAGGUGGAUGAAGACCUAAACCGGGAUGACAGUAGUCGUGCUGCGGGAUUCUUUGGGAAGAAUUCGGAGGUCAAUUGGAUUUGCAAACUGGCGAGCGGAUUGAGGGUGACUAGCCCGUCAGGAAAUGCAACAAAGAGUACGCUGAACUCUUCCCAUCCGGAUAGUCAUCAGGAUGCAUCUGUUCAGCAGCGACAGAGUCCCGGAAGCGUUCUUUCUACGUCCAUUAUGGACUAUCAUCUUAACAAUCUAGAAAUCCCGUUUAUCGAAUCAUGCGACCCUUUUGCUUUUCCACCGCAAGAACUAGCAGACCGGUAUUUUGACACCUACAUGACAUAUGUCCAUCCGACUUUUGCUGUCAUUCGAAAAGAAACCUUCAUUUCACAGUACCAGAAGUUUUUUGAGAAUAUGUCGGUAACGCGGCAGUCGCGGAAAUGGCUCGCCAUUCUGAACAUGAUGUUCGCCAUUGGCUAUCGACACUGUCGACUCAUGGACAAUGACCACAGGAUGAGCGAAGAGGACCUGGUCUUCCUGAGCCGGGCGCGGCUGCUGGGCUUUGAUUUCGGCGUUCUGUUUGAGCACAGCGAUCUCCAACAGAUCCAACUAGAAUCCCUGAUGGCAAUAUACCUCCUUUGUCUAGGACAGGUCAACAGGGCAUCCAAGUUUUCCAGCAUGGCUCUCCGCUCAGCCCUAUCCCUCGGCAUCAAUCUCCGUCUCACGGAAAAUCAAAUCUCAGAAGCAUCAAAAGAAGCCCGCGUCCGUCUCUGGUGGUCCAUAUACUCUCUCGAACACCUCGUAACAUCAGUGACCGGCCGCCCCUCUGGCGUAACGGAGAGCAUCUGCGCCAUACCACUCCCAUUCCCCUGCGCAGAAGAAACAUUCGACCAACCUGAAGCAAAGCGUCUCUUCCAAAACUCAUCUCUUCGCGAAACACACCUCCGCCCAACACUCUUCGAAGCCCCCAGCCGGCAGCGGUCCCAAGCAUGGUCUACAGCUUGCCCGCCCUGUCCGUCCCUCUUCUUCCAUCAUCUCGUUGACUUAACCCUCAUCACCCAAGCCCUCAUGACUAAAGUCUACAGCGUUGAAGGUCUCCGUCAAGGCCCUUCUAGAAUCGAAUACCACGUCAAUAAAUUCGGCCUGAAAUUGGAUCGCUGGCUUGCGAAACUCUCUCCCUGCUACCAAUUCACCCUUCCUGACGCCGGUCCCUGGCACCUCAACCACCCCCAACUUGACGAUCUCGGCGCGCCAUUCGUUCGCGAACGUGUCUGUCUAGCUAUGAACUAUUACUCCGCCCGAAUUACCCUCUGCAGACCCUGUCUCACGCACAUCGACACAAACACCCAACCAUCCCGUGACUCUCCAGGCUCAAGUCCAGAUCCCGACAAGACAUCGUGCACAAAACUUCGCAACGAAAUGGCAACUCACUGCCUUCAAGCCGCCUGCGCAUUAAUCGCUAUCCUUCCGGAAUCCCCUAGCUUUCCUUGGCUAGCGCGCACAUCACCCUGGUGGAGUGUCCUUCAUUUCAUAAUGCAAGCAACAACAGCCCUCCUUCUUGGUCUAUCCUACCGACCCUAUAAUACCAAACCAGAAUCACAAUCACAAUUCAAGUCAUCUGACCCCCUCACGCUCAAUACGCCUAACUCCUCCGCACCAUCACUGGGAGCAGCAUACUCACCACUCCCAGAAUCAGAUCUCGGCACGGCCAUUGCAACGGCCAGGAAGGCUAUGAGGUGGAUCCACGCGACCUCGCAGGUAGAUAUGGCAUCGCGGAGGGCAUUUCUCUUGUGUGAGAAUGUCAUAAAGAGAAUUGCGCCUGGGCUAGGGAUUGAUUUGAGGGAUUGGCCUGAUGGAAGUGAGUUUGUUGGUGAUUUGAAAGAAAUGAGGAGUCAAAAGUUUAGUGGGAAUGCGAACGGAGCCGGCAAUUGGAGUGAUGGAGAUGGGAAUGAGAGGAGGAAUGAGAUCUAUAAUGAAAGUGACUGUGGGAGUGGGAUGGAGCUUUUUGAGGAGUUCAUCGACUUUGAGGGGGUGUGUUUUAUAGGGGUGUUUCUUGGUUCACACGUUUAG